AUGGAAAUAAAAGAAAAGUGGAGAACUUCGGGUAGCGUGCGUCCACCUUUCUCCACUCUUCCGCUCUUUGCCUUCUCUUCCCCUUCUCUUCCCCUGAAUGAUAACAUACGUUCAUUUGUUUGUGGAUCAAACAGAUUCAACAUUUCAUCUGCCGCUCAAACAACAACCUACUAUCAAUGGAGCCCCUGCAGCCCACGGACAGACCAAGGAGGCCCCUGUGAAGAUUCUGCGGUUUGUCAGUUGAACCGAAAGUCAGCUCCUGAAAUCUCCCGUGUGAACAUCGGAGAACACAAGCUGUCAGAGUGUGUCCUUGAUGAGAAGACUGGACAAUGUCUGCUGAAUUAUGGAGUCUCUGGAAACAACAAAAUUAAAACGUUGAUUGCUCUGGUUUGCGAUGAAGAAGAAAUAGGAAAAGUGGAUCCAAUGAACUCCGAUUCCUCGCUCUACUCGACAUCUUUGCACAGCAUUUGCGCAUGCCCAGGAAGAUGCUUACUUGACGCCAAACAAGACAUGGGAGUUCGAUUCGAUUCGUCAGAUGUUGGUGGGAGCGGUUUGAGUGUUGGUGCUAUCGUGGGUAUUGCUAUUGCAGGUCUCGUCUUCCUGAUAGUUUUGCUGUUUGCGAUUUUUAUUUGCUGCUUGCGACGUAAGCUGCCUUCUGGUAUUCCAAAACCAUCCAUCUGUACUACGGUGAAGGUUAGUCGUUACUGGCGAAAUAAAUUGACGAUUUCUGUAUCUGCUUUGCUAUUUGAUUUUUUAGUACCUUUGGGAGAAAAUGUAUUGACUGCUGGGGUGAUAGACCUUCUCAAAAGUCCUCAUCGGUUGUAGGUAGUUCCUCUUCCUCGCGCGUUUUGCCCUAGCGGACAUUUUCCUCGCUCCGAUUCGGCUUUUGCAGCUCGACUUGCGUUGCAACCUCGUUUCUAACAAGGGAGGUUAAUUAAAGAAGAGAGAGCCUGGGAACGAGGUUGCAUGACGGAGGUCGUAAAGUCAUAUCGUACGUUCUGGAGCUCUCCUGUGCAGGCGUUACGCUUUUGCUUAGAUAUAGCUUUCUGGCACUUUAAUGGGUCUUAACAAGCAUUUAGUGGUUAACUAGUAUAUGGCGAACGAAUUUCCUUCCUCGGACGGUAAG